CCGAGCCGCCAGGACCUCGGACCGAUGAAGUUUAUCGAACGUUCAACAUUCCUGAGCGCUUCAUGUACCCGAACUCGUCAUCCGCGCGCGUCACGUCGGCCUUUAUCGGCGCGGUCUAGCACGUACAGCGAGAGGAGGAGGAGGAGAGAUAUAGUAGAAGAGCAGCGUCAAAAAACAGCGAACAAAGCUCUUCAGUUCGUCUCUGUGCGGUUGUUCGAUCUCUCGAGAGCGCGAUACGCUCUGCAUCGGCUAUCCGCGCCGUUUCUCUCCGCAAGCUCUCGCGCGUAAAAGCUUUUUAUUAUGUACCUGCUGCUGCUCCUGUUUCUCGAGCUCCAUUCGCUCGUCCCGCAUUCUCGCGCCGAGACGAUCGACUGUCGCGUCUACAACAAUCUCUACCUGUGCCUCUCCGGUGCUCGGCUGCUGAACGUCGCCUUUGACGACGCCAUCGCCGUGCAAACCAUAGACGACAUCGAGCUCCACUUGGAGGAUCUGCGCCUCGACUGGAUCUCGGAGGUGGCCUUCGUCGACGUGGCCAAUUCCUCGGCUCUGUAUUUACGCGACAACCGGCUGACCAAUCUCGCGAGGCACUUCUUCCGCUCGCUCGAUCAGCUGACCUACCUCGACCUCAAAGACAACCGCAUCUCCCACAUCGAGGACGGGGCUUUCGCGAGGCUGUCCAGUUUGGAGACUCUUCUUCUGGACGGCAAUAAACUGCUGACCUUCCAGCCCGGCGUCUGGAGGGGCCUGGCCGGUCUGCACGAGCUCUACGCGACCAACAACAGUAUCGCUCUGAAGAGGGGCAUAUUCCGCGGAUUGAGGCACCUCGAGACGCUGGCACUCGACGCCAACAACAUCACCGACAUUCCCGCCGGAGCUUUCGAGGGACCGAGGCAUCUGGACUUGCUCUACUUGUCCAGGAAUCGCAUAUCCACUUUCGUGCCGGAAGUCUUCCAGGGUCUUGCCGAACUGAGCGAACUGGACUUGGGGUCGAAUCGAAUAUCGCAUCUGCCGAGCGAAGCCUUCAGAUUUCUGGGCAGCUUGGAAAAACUCUGGCUCAACGGAAACCAAUUGGCGGCUUUGAGAGCUCCGGACUUCAAGGGACUGAGUGGACUGAAGAAGCUCUACUUGAACAGCAACAGCCUCGAAUCCGUCGAUAUGGCGGCUUUUCAUGUCUUCGCGAACGUAAGCGUCGAUCCAGGAUUGAACAUUAAUGGGGCCUUACUGAGGAGCUUCAAGGGAGCGAGUGGUAGAUUUCGGUGCACUAGUCGAGAGUAUCAGCUGCCCUACGAGUGUCAGAGGAUCGUGGAACGGCGACAUUGACGCGAUAAUCAUUUCGUGCUGUCCGUAUCGGUGAGAUAGAGAGUUGCUGAAGGGCUAUCGGCAGCACGAGGGCUCGAAUCCACAUCCCUGCUACCGCAGCACUUCCAUGGAUUACGGCUGGUUCUCGCCGACGGUCCACACGGUCCCGACCACCUACUACCCGCGUAACGGCGCCUUCAGCGUCGAGGUCGCCCGAGGCGGCAUGUACCGGAAUUGCUCGCUCAAUACCGAGCUUGACAAGUAGUGGCUGGCUUCUUCUUCCUCGAGCCGGCGCUGGAAUCUUUCUGCAUGGCCGCCCCGAGCGCGAGCGAUACCGAAGAAGAAAUCAGACGCGCGAUCUCGAGCCGAGCGCGUCGAUACGGCUUCUCGACUGGAGCAGGUUUGCGAAAUCCCGAUGCAGUGCAAGUUGGCCCCUCGAAAAGCACGCAGCUGCAGUUCAGUGGCACUUUUUAAUUGUAACCCGCAUCGCGUUUCGCGGUUUCGAUUCGAAUCACAGCCGCCGGCAAUUGUAUAGUAAUAAGCGCAUAAAUAUCUCGAGGACUUACUCGAUACCAACGAUGUGUAUUUAGAACUCUGUUCAUGCAGCCGUAUGAAGGGAGAUUCGUAUCUCACAGUUAAUGCUCGCGAUACACACUAUGCCUUCGUCGUAAAUUGUAAGAACCUAUUCACGUAGCCGUAAAUAAAGCGAUUUUCUGAAGAAUGAAAAAAUAA